AUGUUGAUAUUAAAAUGGGACAAGUUCCAUAUCUUUGCCAGAAUAUCCAAAUCCACCUUCUCAUCAUCCUCUAGAAGGCGUGGAGUAAGCCAAGGAGGAGAUGCUGUUGCCUCAGAUAUGUGUCCUGACCCAGGAAUUCCUGAAAAUGGGAAGAGAACAGGCUUGGAUUUUAGGUAUUUCAUACGGAUUUAUGUUUGCAGAUAUUUUUAUUUAGUUGUACCUAGAACGUGUGGUUCUAACCUCCAUGGUCCGAGUGGUAUUAUCACAUCACCCAACUAUCCUGUUCAAUAUGAAGACAAUGCACACUGCGUAUGGGUUAUAACAACUCUUGAUCCAGAAAAGGUCAUAAAGCUCGCUUUUGAAGAAUUUGAGCUGGAAAGAGGAUAUGACACUCUUACAGUAGGAGAUGCGGGCAAAGUGGGAGACACAAGAACAGUUUUAUAUGUUCUGACAGGCUCCAGUGUCCCCGAUCUUAUUGUCAGCAUGAGCAAUCAGAUGUGGCUCCAUCUACAGUCAGAUGACAGCAUUGGCUCGCUAGGAUUCAAAGCUGUUUAUCAAGAAAUAGAGAAAGGUGGCUGUGGUGAUCCUGGAGUUCCAUCUUAUGGGAAGAGGACUGGAAGUAGUUUCCUUCAUGGAGAUUCUCUAACUUUUGAAUGUCAGGCAGCAUUUGAACUUAUGGGAGAGAGAAUGAUCACAUGUCAGCAGAACAAUCAGUGGUCUGGGAAUAAACCCAGCUGUGUUUUCUCAUGUUUCUUCAACUUCACAACACCUUCAGGAAUUAUUCUUUCACCAAACUACCCUGAAGAGUAUGGAAACAACAUGAAUUGUGUAUGGCUGAUUAUUUCUGAACCAGGGAGCAGGAUACAUCUUAUUUUUAAUGACUUUGAUGUAGAG